AGCUGGCAGGGAGGCUCUGCGCCUGGGCGGCCCUGGGCUGUGUGUGCUGGGGGCGGGACCGGCGCUUCGCGCAGCCGGGCUCCUGCGGACUCGGCGCCCGCGGCGCGGGCCGGAGGGGACACGCUCCUCUGGGCAGGGGCCCGCCGGUGGCUUCUGGCUCUCCGGGUCCGCGGGCAGCGGCGCUGAGCCUGCCGCCCUCGCCGGGCUGCUGGGGACCGUCCCCUUUCCCACGUCCUGCCGAGCGACCCUGUAUUUGCCUUCGUGUGUGUAAGUGUAUGCAGUGUUCAGGAAGGCAGUAGAAGCCAUUGGAUACCCUGGAACUGGAAUUAGAGAUGGCUGUGAGCCUCCGUGGGGAUGCUGGAAAUUGAAUCUGGUGCCUCUGCAAGAGAAAUGCAUACUCUUAACCACGGAGCCAUUUCUCCAGCCCCAUAAAUUUGUGCUUGUGUCCUGAUGCCAGCCCAGCUGUCACAGAGGAUGCCUCUGGGAAUCUGAGGGGUCAGCUCUGGAGCCUCAAGCUAAGGCUGACCAGCCCUGAGCCUUAGGCCAGGGGAAUGGCCUCCCCCCAGGAGCUCCACGGCCAUGCUCCUGGGGAGGAGGACGAAGGACUUCUGAUUGUGAAGGUGGAGGACUGCUCAUGGGAACAGGAGCCUGCCCAGCAGGUGGACAGCAGGGACUCAGAAGCCUGCCGCCAGCGCUUCCGUCAGUUCUGCUAUAGCGAUGUGGGCGGACCACACGAAGCCUUCAGCCAGCUCUGGGAGCUGUGCCACCGCUGGCUGCGGCCCGAGCUGCACAGCAAGGAGCAGAUCCUGGAACUGCUGGUGCUGGAGCAGUUCCUGGCCGUGCUGCCCCGGGAGAUCCAAGCCCGGGUGCAGACGCAGCACCUCGGGAGCGGCGAGGAAGCCGUCGCUUUGGUGGAGGACAUACAGAACCAGUCACUGAAAGCCUGGCCACAGCCUUCUAAAGGAUUAAGCUGUGCCGCCCCACUCUUCCAGCCCGGCCUUUGUGCUGAUAGGCAUGCUAUGGUUCCUGCCCAGGAUGAGCCCUCGGAGGUGGGGCCAAAGGCAGCAGUCCAGGGACUCCAAGCCACAGGGCCUCCGCAGAAGGCAGGAGUGCAGCGGCUCCCUUCACCCCCGGAGCAGCCCGGCCACGCCCGGCUUCCCACUCUUAAAGAGGGGUGCACAGGAGAGAUGCUGGAUGUCUGCUCCGCCCCUGCAGUUGAUCUGCCUGGGAGACCCGAGCUGGCUCAUCUCUCCUCAUUCCAAAAACCCGCGGCACUGGGAGACAUCCCUUUCUAUUUCUCCCGAGAAGAAUGGGGCUCCCUGGACCCUGCUCAGCGGGACCUCUUCUGGGACAUAAAGAGAGAGAACUCCCGGAAUGCUGCCCUCGGUUUGGGACCCAAAAGCCAGGUGGAGAGCGCUCCUGCAGUGGGGACGGUGACAGCGCUGUUGGGACAGGCCGGCUGUGAGAGGACCGUGUCCUGGAAACCCGAGGAAGCCGAGACGGAGGUCUGGGACAGUGAGAACCCGCGGAGGGCGGCGCUGGGCCGGCUGGUGGUGGCUCGGCGGGGGAGGCCGCCCACUCGCAGGCGCCCGUGUCGGGACCUGGCGACGGAGAAGCCGCACAGCUGUGGGCAGUGCGGAAAGCGCUUCCGCUGGGGCUCGGACUUAGCCCGGCACCAGCGCACGCACACGGGCGAGAAGCCACACAAGUGCCCCGAAUGUGACAAGAGCUUCCGCAGCUCUUCCGACCUGGCGCGCCACCAGGGCGUGCACACGGGCGAGAAGCCCUUCUCGUGUUCCGAGUGCGGCAAGAGCUUCAGCCGCAGCGCCUACCUGGCCGACCACCAGCGCAUCCACACCGGCGAGAAGCCCUUCGGCUGCGGCGAGUGCGGCAAGAGCUUCUCGCUGCGCGCCUACCUGCUGGACCACCGGCGCGUGCACACGGGCGAGCGGCCCUUCGGCUGCGGAGAGUGCGACAAGAGCUUCAAGCAGCGCGCACACCUCAUCGCGCACCAGAGCCUGCACGCCAAAAUGGCUCAACCCGUGGGGUGAGCCCCCCAGGGGGCCCUGAGCCCCAGGGAAGCGGGUGCUUCCUGUAGCUCUCACGGAACCCCUGCCUUCCCUCCGGGAAGUCUCGGCUCCCCGGGGGCCACUGCCAGCCUGUGGAAGGGACCCAAGCCCCCUCGACUCCGCACUGCCUGCGCCCAGCGUCCUGCCGCCUUGUCUCUCCCCUUCCUGCUCUGGAUUUCUCUUCCAUUUGAUCUCUGGAGCGUCACAGUUUGCUGUUGAGUAUCAGGUGGUGUGAUGCCUCUGCAGGACCUGGAGUUCCUUCCCAGGACCCUCCAGCCGUGCUCGGCCAGCCCCUCUGUUUCCUACUGCCUCGUGGGUCCAUCAGUCCGGCCAAGCCCUCCGCCUUGUCUGCUUGUGCCUUCUAGUGAGAACUGGCCUCCAUCCGCAGGCCUGCUGGGUUUCGGCCUUGGGAAGGACCAUGGCCUACACCAAUGGGGAUCUAGGUCCUGGGUUCCAUCUCAGCAGCUUCCUGGCCAUCACUGCCCCACCCGCUCCAGCCCAUGACCACUCUGUCAUGCGCUGACCCCAGGGAGCUAGCUGCCUAGUUGUCCUGCUCUGACCCCCAGACACACACUUGCAGGUCUGGAGGUUGGUGGAGGUGGUGGCUGUGGCUGAGGGCUGACGUGGGAGCAUGCUCCACGCUCCCUCAGGGGUGUGGCUCUGUACUUAACACUAGCACUCCAGUGGCACUUUGUAGCUGGCCCCUCAAGCACUGUAUCUCCAUGUUCUUAAUCUGUACUGUGUGCAGAUUCACAUGAACAGGGAUGACCAUGGACCCUCCAAAAGGGCUCAGCUCAGUGGCUUCAGAGGAGUUUGAAUAAACAUGGAGUGUUUCCUUUA